AUGUUCCAGCAUCGUGCCAACGAGGAGGAUUUCCUUUCAGUUAGCAAAAACCAGGACUGCCGUUUUCUGCUUCCAGGGUAUGGCCGGCCGCUGGAUUUUGCGCCUGUGGAGAAGGAUAUCUACGGCGUAGAGAGUCGAAGUAUGUUCCCAUCUGCGUUGGAUGACAGGGACAUCGAAAAAGGAUAUACUGAAUUGCCCGUGCAAACACUCCGGGAGAUUGCGAUGGUAGCUGUCAUGGAAGAUAUAACUGAUCUACCGGAAUGGUGGAAAAAGAUCCAUGAACCUGGCGUACCGGAGAAAUGGAGAAAGAUGGCACUGGAUAGCGGGGCUGAUAUCACACCAAAUAUGGCUGAUUGGAUCAUUGAAGAGCUAAUUUUCAAAGCCAUGAUAUACGAAAACAGUGAAGCAGUGGGACUGUACAACGGAGAUAUCACUAAAUCAGAUACAAAUGUGCCGGAAUCGCUCAUCAAAGAGUUUUCAGAUGCGUCCAAAGUUUUGGAGUACGAGGAAGACGAGCUGCGCUUCUAUCAUCCAGGCAGCAUGCACAAACAACGCGAUCUGCUUGCCAUGGCACUAUACCCUCUUGUGUACGGUAAAAGCCGCAUUCUUCCAGAUAAGCUCAUCCGGCUCGAUGAGUCUCUUCGGCACGCCGGCCAAGGCGACGUGAUCCCCUUACCCAAGGAAACUGGUAUCACGAGGGAGGACAUCGCUUGGCGAGUCUCUUCCCGUGCUGAUAUUGAUAUCAGGCCGUAUAGUCGGUACCACCAGAUCCUUCCAACUGACUGGGAGCUCGGUGACGACAAGCGGUGGCAUGUUGCAACAUACAUCAACAACCUGCACCCUGUGAAACACCGCAAUAUAUACAAAUUGAUUGAAGAUGUCUUCAAUUGCAUUGUUAAACAAUGGGACAUGACCAUCACACCCCUGAAGGACAUGCUCCACUCCCGUGCCCGAAUCGAGUACCACCAGGUCGAGUACAAUCAAGUUUCGGAGGAGAUUCUCGACACGGCGCCUCAGAUGAAGCCUAGAGAGGCACAGUCUGAGUUCGACGAAAGGUAUGAAACAUGGAGAAUGAAACAUUUUCACGCUGUUCAGCCGGAUGCUGGGGAAUUUAUUCCCUGGGCUGUACCACCGUGCCUGAUGUCUAAGCUGCCUGAAGAUUUGCCGAGUCCGGUGCGAAUCGAGCGAGGAGUCUCAUUGAACAAUGACUACAAAGAGCGUGGGCUCCAAAUUGUCACCCGUAUUUUAGGGGUAGAUCUAAGUCCAGAGGACCCUUAUUAUCAAACAGAAUGGCACGUCGAGGGCCAAAUGAAUGAGCAUAUCUGCGCCGCGGCAUUCGUCACAUUUGACCAAGAGAAUAUGGAAGACGCCAUAAUGGAAUUCCGCAACAUCGUAGACACAACCACGUUGGAGGAGGUUGAGCAUGAACAUAACGAUUUCCUCUGGCUCAAGCAAAUCUUCGGUCUGGAGAACGGCGAGUCCGCCAUCCAGCGCUGUGGUUCGAUUCAAUGCAAAUUGGGUCGAACAGUGAUGUUCCCAAGCACCGUGCAGCACAGACUAACACAUUUUGAAUUGAAAGACAAGUCAAAGCCGGGAUUUACUCGUGGGCUCGUUUUUUACCUUGUCGAUCCCAAUAUCCGAAUUAUUUCGACCGCGAAUAUCCCUCCACAACGACUGGAUUGGACGAUUGAUAUCAAGGACGACGGUAAAGACCUGAAAGCGAAGAUGGCUAGGUUAGCAUUGGAUAAUAAGGAUGAAAAGGGGUCUAUGCCGAUGUCAUUGAAUGAGGCAUUAGAGACGCGCAUGGAUGUUUUGAAAGAGAAGAUGGAGUUUAUGAGGUACCAGCAUGUGGCUUUUGAGUCUCGUGUUCUGAUGCUCUGA